AUGGUUGUCAAACUGUACGUUAUGGACUUCAGCCCACCAGUGCGUGCGUGCUUGAUGGCUUGUGAGGUCUUGAACGCUCCAUAUGAGAGGGUCGAACUUGACUUAUAUAAACGUGAAAAUCAUACUCCAGAAUAUUUAGCGAAAAAUCCUAUGCACACAAUCCCUGUUAUGGAGGAUGGAGAUUUAAUCUUACGUGACAGCCACGCAAUCAUGGCUUACUUAUCUGACACCUACGCUAAAGACGACUCCUGGUAUCCAAAAGACGUUAAGAAACGUGCGGCUGUCAAUGACAAACUAUUCUUCAAUGCAUUUGUCGUUUUUAGUAAAUUACGCGUUGUCACUUAUUACGUUCUACAAAAAGGAUACAAGAAAUUAGAACAAGAAUGGUUGGAUCGCAUCGAGGAAGCGUACAGUUUCAUAGAAGCAUUUCUGUCUAAAACUGUGUACAUUGCCGGAGAUGAUAUCUCCAUCGCAGAUUUGGCACUUUUCAGUAAUGUGUCUUCUCUAGAGCACAUGCAACCUAUUGACACUAAAAAAUUCCCUAAAACGAUCGCCUGGUUGGACAAAAUGAAAGCAAAGCCAUAUUCUAAGAAACACAACGAAAAAGGUGUUAAAGACCUGGAUAAAUACAUUAAGGAUUGUAUCGAGUAA